UUUGACAUUUCUCAUAUUCCUCAAGCCUCGAAGAGAUCAAUGAAAAAAUAGUAUUUUAGCUUCGUUUCAUUUUUUAUAGUUUGUUGCUUGUUAAUAAAUAAACAAUUAACAUAGCAACCAAAAUCGACGCAGGGCGUGUGAGAAUGAAUGCGCAGUUCCAUACACCAUCAUUCGGAGACGAGGUAAUAUUCGAUUUGCCAGACAACGAAACGGAUUGCGACACUAUAAGUAAAGUUCAAGGUGGUGCAGAAAUUUACGCCCCUAGUAGCGUUAUAAAUCAACAGCAGCAGGAAGUAGGAUUAUUUCAUCAACAGCAUUUUAAUACAAAGAGAAUUCGUAGCAUGGAUGUGUCUCUGGAUGAGUACCAUAGCGCCAAUGAUGAAUCCUUUGCGAAUACCGCGUAUGCGGUAUCUCCAACUAAAAACGCACAAAACACACCAACAGCAACACUAGCUGCACGUAAGCAGCUAACGCCAACAGCUACGGAUGCCAAUGAGCCCGCUAAACCGCUGUCAGCAUACGGACUAUUCUUUCGUGAUACUGUUAGCGCAAUAAAACAACAAAAUCCCAACUGUACUUUUCAAGAGUUGUCGCGCAUCGUCUCAUCUAUGUGGGAGGCACUAGAUGUGAAUCAUAAACAUGUUUAUAGCAAAAAACAUGAAGCAGCGCAGGCGGAAUAUAUGAAACAUAUGCGCAUAUAUCGUGAACAACAGGAUGAACAACAGCAACAAUUAGCAAAUAAUGUUGCUAUUGCACCGACACCCGCUCUACAAACCAAACCGGCUGUUUUCACAAUAUCGCGCUACAGUACGGACGGCAGCAGUAACAAUAACAUUGCCAAUAAUAUGGCCUGCAACAGUGAAACAAACGUAAGUGCCGCACCGGUGCAGGUAGCAGCGCCUACUGCUGAAGUAAAUAGUGCAGCGAACGAACCACCGCAGCCACAGAUUCAAAUGCUCAGUGAAGCAGGUGCUGUGCAGAAAUGCACACGAGAGAAUUGCAAUAAACGCGCCAUCAUUAAUCCCGAUUGGGAAGAUGAAUAUUGCAGCAAUGAGUGCGUCGUCAUACACUGUCGCAAUGUGUUCAACGCGUGGGUGCAAUCGAAUCUGGAGUCGCGCAAGCAAUAACAGCGGGCUUAUUGUAGUGGCGGCACUGCGCGAAAGUAAAACUCUUCUUUCAGAAACGUUUAACCAAUAAUGGUAGUAUGGAGCGUCUCAAAUUAAAGGAGAGCAACAUAAAAAUUUUAGUCUGAAAAAUAUUUUGCACUAACUUAUUGCGCACCAUUAAACUGCUGUAGACUUCAAAACUGCCUAGUCCCAGGCAGUGCUAUCACUUUGAAUUUUAACUAUUUUAUUAUUUAUAUUCAAACUGUAAGAUAAGUUUUCGAAAAGUAAUUUCGGAUUAUUUAACUGUCCUAAGCUUUCCAUCAAAUCUUAUUAUAUUGACUUUUCUGUAAGCUAGUUUUAAGUUUAGCGUGCGUACGUACAUAUAUAAGGACAUUUGUAUGUCACAACGCAAAA